CAGCUUCCAGUCUGACAAACAACUUCAAAUUGUCACAUUGCACAAUUAAACAGAAACUCUGCGUUGAGGAAAUGAUUUGUUUAUCUGAGGCAUUAAUGCGAGAGAUUAAUAUCACAGAGACUCACUGACCAGUUCCACUGAUAGGAAGCAACGCAAGAGGUAUUCAUCAUGAAUGAGAGGCUGAUAUUCAUUCUGGGGACUUUACUUGUGCCCUUGAGCUCCAGUAAUGACACACAGGAGCAGUCUGCAACAGACGGUGUCACAACCCAAUAUGGCCAGAUUGGGACCAACGUCACCCUCUUCUGUAGUUGCGCUGACCGUGAUGUCGUGGAAUGGAGGCUGAAUGACUCAAAAGUGAUCGAAACCGACGCCACGCAUCUGACGGGCACAAGCCUCACCCUGACCAUUGCCACGCUGCCCAUGGGAGGCCUGUACAGCUGUCACAGCCAGGACUCAGGCAAAACCUGCAACAGACUCCACCUGAUCCUCGGAUAUCCACCUGGAAAACCUCAGGUCACCUGUUGGUCGGCCAGCUACCCACUGAAUGUCAUCUGCUCCUGGAAACUGGAGAACGAAACCUACCUUCCUACAGAGAUCAGUGCCACCUACAGGUAUGGCAUCGGAGAAACGAAGGAGUGUUCGAGGAACGCCACUGGGGACAAUAGCUGCAUAAUCACCAACAUGAGCUUGUUCUCACACAGUCCCUACACAGUCACCGUGACGGCUGUUAAUCCAUUGGGAAUCAGAUCCGCCAUCAAAUCCUUCCUUCUGGAGAAAAUAAUCAAGCCAGACCCGCCAAUGGACGUCACAGUCUCUCCAAUACCCAACGAGCCAAAGAAGUUGCUGUUGCGGUGGAAGCCCCCGGUCACAUGGCCCAAUCCGGAAGUUUUCGUGUUGACGUACAUCGUACACUUCCGUCAGGAAGGUUCCAGACGAGAGAGAGUGACUGAGGUCGAUGAUCAGACCAGCUACACCCUGAACGGACUGCGAUCCAAAGCUCUGUACUUUGUGAAAGUUGCAGCAAGGGAUGUACUGAACAACGGGGAACCCAGUGCCUGGAGCAGCACUAAAUCUGCCCGACUCUGGUCUAGUUAAACAAGACCUUGGACCUGUAAUUGAGGGUAGAGGCAGAGCGAUAGAGUAGGGGACAAACCCUAACAUUGCCAACUUUAAUCCCAGCAGUAAAGGAAAUAAUAAUAAUAAUCCUUACAUUUAAUAUAGCGCCUUAUCAC